ACAGCGAUGGAUGGGAGGGUGGGGGGGGGUCUACUGUACACCUGCAAAGACCUUUUUCCAAAUAAGGUCCCAUUCACAGGUAUGGAGGUUAGGACUUGGACCUCUUUUAUUGGGAGUCCCUAUUCAGCUCACUACAUAACCUGUUCCCCAAAAUAAAUUAAAGUGGCUCUCAAUCCCAUGUUCCUUGCCUUACCCAAGGGAGAGAUGGCCUCACAGGACAUGCUGUGCCUGGUGGGAUGCUGGGCCCCACUGCAGACUUGGCUCUAAGGACUCCCUAGCCCCAGCCAAGUUCCCUCUCCUGCUUCGACUUCCUUUCGGUGGAAACAUGAGUCCAUGUGCUCCUGCUAAAGCAAUCACCCAUCUGCCUGUGAGCCUGCCAGAGCAGGCCUUCCACCCCGUAGAAUUCUUUUCCAAAGAAACUGCAUCUGUUUUAAACUUGUCUCCUUGGGAACUUCCAUCUCUCCAGAGCCCAUGGUCUGGAAGGCAAAUGCCUUCCAUUCGGUGGCAGGAAAUACCCAACUCCCAGCCAGAGUCAGAGAAGGAAAACUUCUCCACCGAGAGCUGGAGGGAGCAUGGGCUGAGGCAGGAGCACAUAGCAAGCUGCUUCACCCUGCAGUCGGAGGCAACUCCUACUCCUCGUCCUUCUCAGAAUGGGCAGCCCAGACAGGAAGACCCUGUCUUUCUUUCUUAUUUUUGUGCCCGUAUAUCUGCACAGGGGUUUGUCGCAGGAAGCCGGCCCCGCAGUGCAAAGAAAACCGUUUUUCCAGAGGCUCCGCCGACUAGAGGAUCAGUUUCAGAGUUUCCAGGAGGUGAUGUUAACACAUCUGCAGGCCAUUGCCAGCAACUACAAUGUGUCCUACAACAUUGACGCCCGGUUCCAGAGCCUAGCCCAAGGGAGCCAGGCCAUGGCUCUGGCGGUCAAUCAGUCCCAGGCCGCCAUGCAGAGCGACCUGGGCCACCUCAAAACCUGGAUGCGGAAGAUGCAUCGCAGAAGCCGGAAAGUGGAUUCCAGGUUGCUCGCUUUGGGCGCCACCCUGAGUGAGAGGAGCCAGCAGCGUGCCCGGGAGAGGAAGGAGCAGGAGGCACAGAGGGAAACCCUGUCCAGCCUGGCCCUGGACAUGAGGGCCCUACAGGACACGCUGGCUCGCCUGAUGCACGUCGUCCAGAGCCAGGGCGCCAAACUAGACACGCUUGAGGAGAGGCUGCAGGUGGCUGGCCCUGGCACCACAGCCCCCGCCUGGCCUCCCGCCCAGCCUGAGCCACCAAGCCCAAGCGCCCCAAAGCUGCAGGGGACCAGGCAGGUGCUCAGAGCUUUGCUUGAGCCCAGGGACUCACCUCAGGACUUUGCUGACAAUCUCCAAGGGACACGGGAGCACCCAGGCUCAGGUAGUCAGCGGUCAUGGCCCCCUGAGAAACCAGGAGAGAUUUGCAACGUUGGCCCUGCACUCGUCUUCCCAAAUGCCUCCACCAAAAAUGUGGUCUUCCUCAGCCCUGGCUUCCCCUUAGGCCUUCGGGCCCUGUCUGUCUGCACCUGGGUCCGUACGGCCUCGGGCUACCUGGGCACGCUCCUCUCCUAUGCCACUGAGGAGAAUGACAACAAGCUGGUGUUACAUGGCCGGGACUCCCUGGCCCCCGGCUCCAUCCAUUUUGUGAUCGGAGACCCGGCCUUCAGGGAGCUGCCCCUGCAGCCACUACUGGACAGCCGGUGGCACCACGUGUGUGUCAUCUGGACAUCCAUCCUGGGCAGGUACUGGCUCCAUGUGGACCGCAGGCUAGUGGCCACAGGCUCCCGCUUCAGGGAGGGCUAUGAGAUCCCUCCUGGUGGGUCCCUGGUGCUGGGCCAGGAGCAAGACACCAUGGGAGGUGAGUUUGACAGCUCCGAGGCCUUCGUGGGGAGUGUGGCAGGCCUGGCCAUAUGGGACCGUGUGCUGGUCCCCAGAGAAGUCUCACACCUUGCCAUUGGGAAGGAGUUCCCACCAGGCGCCAUUCUGACUCUGGCCAAUGCCACAUUAGUAGGUGGAUUCGUGCAGAGGGUGAACUGCACCUGCCUAGAGCUCUGUCCAUGAGGCCUUCUCACAUAGGAGCUGUGGCCAUGCUCUGGGCCAGCAAGAAAAGUAAGCCUCCAGCCAUGCCUAGCCACCCCCGAUCUCAGCAUCAGCCGCUCCAUGGAGGGCCCCCACCCAGACUGGGGAGUGAAGGGCAGGACACUGCCUCCAACCUGGGCCAGGCACACCUGCCAUCUAACAUAGCAUGUGGGAAUUCCAUGAGGGGCAUGGGGGAUAAGAAAACAUGGGGGAGGAGGAGAGAGGACAAUGGGCAGAGCUGGGAGCCGGGAUCCCUGAGAACCACAUUCUUUCCCUUGCUGUGGCAUCCUUACAGUUGCCUGCUCUGUAGUAUGACAUCAUUUCAACAAGGCCUGACCUGGCCGGAUGGGAGUACUGGACUCCCCGGGGCCUCUCCUCUGGGUGUGGGUUUGCAGCCAUUAUGGGCUGCUUUCUGGAGAUUAUAUUUUCCUUGAAACUGCAUAGGUGUCAUGUGAACUGUCAUCGCCCUCUCUCAAGGUGACUAUGGAAGCUUCCCCUUGGGUGAUCCUUGUUCUAGCAUCUCAUGAAAAGGACCAGAGAAUACAUUUCCUGGCCUCCAGUGCUAUAGCCCCCCAUUCACCAGGGGCCCUGGGGGUUCCCUCAAGGUCCUGUGAUGGCUGGUGAGGCCACCAGAGCUGCCAGGAAAGGGGACCUGCAAAGAGCACAAUUUAUUCAGAAAUAAGCAUUAACAAUAGACAGGCAAUGUUUUUAAAGCAUUUGGAUUGGGGUGUAAUUUACAAGCUAUAAAAUUCACCCAUUUUAAGUGUACAGUUCAAAGAUUUUCAGUAGAUUUACCAAAUUGUACAACCAUCACCCCAGUCCAGCUUUAGAACAUUUUCAUUGCCCCUCCCCCAAAAAAAUCAUGCUAAUUAGUAUUCACUCCUAUCCCUACCCCAGCCCUUUUCCCCAGCUCUGGCUACCACUGAUCUAUCUCUGUGGAUUUGCCUGUUCUGGACAUUUCACAUAAAUG